ACAGACCUAGAAGUGCACAGGCUCCUCCCACUCAGCUCACAGGAAGUGAAAUGUGGAACAGCAACUGCAGGACGGCAGACAUAUCCAGCAGCUGAAGUGUUCAGGUCACUGAUGUGAUUUACAGAAGCAUCUACUGCCGCUAAAACAAGGAGCGUGUGAGGAUGGCUGCUCACAGAGCUUUAGUCUCUCUCAGCCUCUGCCUGCUGCUGGGUGAGCAAACGUCUGCUAAAAACGACGCUCCCUGCCAGCCCUCCAAAUGGAACAAUGGGUACAACAGAUUCCUGAAGCGCCACCUGCCCUCUGGUACUCCCAACUCUGUGGAUCACAACGAGUGGGAGAGGUUCAUCAAGAGUCUGGGAGGCUGCGACCGGCCCACGCAGUCCUUCCUCCGCCCGGAGGACCUGGACAGAGUGAGAGCCGUGUGCUCAGAGGAAGGAGGGAAAGUCUUCAAGGACAACCUGUGCAUCAGCCAGCAGCCUUUCACUUUCAUCACAGUGAGGAGCACUCCAGGAACCUGCGGGAUCAGGAAAGUGGAGCGGGAAAAGAAGCACCUGAUCCUGGCCUGUGAGGUGUUGGAGAAUGAAUGCGUCCCCGUCCACUUUGAGGGAAACCCCACCGAUCAGAGGCCCAGUAACAACGCCAGGAGCUGCCAGAGUUCACAGAGAAGAAACCAGGCGCCAAGCUUCAACAUGUCCUGGCUCUGGUUGAUCUUCACUUUCCUGGUCACUUUUUAUGUCUUCUGACGGUUAAUUUACCCGAUGACGAACUAGAGGAUGCCAAAGUUUUAUCUCAGGAUAUUUUAAUGUUUCUUGGAUAUUAUCCCAUUAAUUCAAUUAAUUUUUUUACCAGUAUUUUAGCAGUCUAACUGACAAACCACCAGCAAAAUGUGUUUUAAAAUGUGCUUUUUACUGUUGCUUUUUUUAAAAAAAAAAAAAAAAAAAUUGCUGAACAAAAUUAAAUAGUUUAACAUUUUUAAAUGAAAAAAACAGUAAAGCCAAAUUAAAAGAAUUGGUUUCUUUUUUAUGAUUUAUUUUUAAUCAAAUUAAACUGUUAUGACUGACAUUUACUUCUCCAAAUAAUAGAGGGAAGCCGCCAUUUCUUUAUGGUACUGGUAAAAAUGGAAACACAAAUAAAAAUCUGUAUUCAUCA